AUGCUAAGAGGGGUAGGUACAUCGCUUGCCUCUAGUAACAUGAAAUUUGGGUUUUUUGCAUUGAGAUUGGUGGCUCUUCAGCCAUUGUCAAUUUCUGCGGGAUCGUCGUUUGAAAACACGGCUCCUUUGUUGGUGUCAUCACCGUUAUACAGUACGGAUGAAUAUCGCUACAUUACAAGGAUGAAAGAUGCGCAGAAAACAGUUUCACAGCUUUCAGAAAAGAUUUGUGGGUCGUCCGAUGAUGAUGAUAAGCUCUUAUACUUAAGAAUCCAAAGACUUGAUGAAAUCAGCAAUAUUCAAGAUCUAAUUGCAGGACUCAAAUCGCCCACACACCCUCUUGCCAAGUUGGCGGACCACGUUAUUUACAACAAAAAAGAUCAAGACGAUCUUCUAGUGUCAGGUUCGUGCUCAAAUGGUAUCACUCAUAUAAAUUCAAAAGGUGUUAGCACUGAACAAUGGAUAGACAAGUUGCUUAACAGUGAUUCUAGGGUUAAUAUUAUUGACUUCUAUAGCCAGGACAAGAGUCAAUUGGCUGAGAGUCUUAAAGCAUUGGCAUUGGUCUAUUCACCUGAAAACCUCAUCGUACAGGGAUUGCCGAGCUUUGAAAAGCCCGAUAGCGUUUUUAAAUUGGCCUCGCAGAAACUGAGUAGCUUUGCUAUCUUUGGUAAAAGAGACGAUGAAGAAGAUGAGAAGGAGGAGGAGGAAGACCUAGAAAAAUUACAACAAGAGUUGGAUGAAUCAUUUCUGGAGAUUAACCAGAUGAUGGCAGAGGAAGGUAGUUCCGAUGAACCAGUUCAUGCAUAUGAAGAAGACGAAGAAGUUGAUACUAACAGUAAAGGCAAGAAAAAAUACGUUCCUCCGGAAGGCUCCUUAUUUGAUAAAUACACCUUCUUCUCGUCUGGAUUGUGGAUGGCGAUCAUUGUUAGUGGAUUCCUCUUCACUAUCAUCGCCGUGGCAUUCUCAUGGCUUAACAGUAUUCAGAUCAGUUAUGGUGCCUUUGAGAAGCCGGUUAAUAUGUCCAAGAAAACUCAGUAA